UGAGGACAGAUGCUGAUGCUGCGAUGGGAGGGCCUCUGGAUGCCUUUACGCAUGCGCAGAAGUGGCUGUGCUCCUCGUUCAACGCAUCUUCCGCCGAGGCGAAUUUAAAGAACGAGUUUGACGAGGAAACCCGGAGCGUUUCGCAUUGUCGGUUAAUCUCAACAUGACUUCACGUCCUGGCUUCAGAGCUCCUGCUUCUAAUGGAGGCGACUUUAAACCCAGAGAGAGGGUGGCUUCACAUUACCAGAUGAGCGCCUCCCUGAAGUCAGAGGUGCGGAAGUUAAACCUGGUCCACCUUCUGGUCUGGCUGCUGGUGGCUGCACAGGUGACUGUGAGCCACCUUAACCUGGUGUCACACGACACAGUGUCCAUGCCGUACCAGUGGGAGUACCCCUACCUGCUCAGCCUCCUGCCGCUGCUUUGCAGCAGCCUGUCACUCCCAAAGAACAAUAUCAGUUACCUGGUCAUAUCCAUGAUCAGUGCAGGGCUGUUCUCGGUGGCGCCUCUCAUUUACGGUGGCAUGGAGAUGUUUCCUGUCGCGCAGCAGCUCUACCGCCACGGAAAGGCCUACCGCUUCAUUUUCGGCUACUCUGCAGUGACCGUUAUGUACCUCAUCAUGGUAGUUGCUGUUCAGGUGCACGCCUGGCAGAUAUAUUACAUGAAAAAACUUCUAGACUCAUGGUUCAACACCACUCAGGAGAAGAAGAAGAAAUAAUGAAGUAAAGAGAGCUGCUACUGGGAAAAUCAGUUUUUAUCUUAGUUAUAGAGUCUUAUUUAUGUCUGCUUGUUCAUUCAUCAUUAUUAUGUAACAUCAAACCUUAGCAACCACUGUUUUUGUCUAGAAUAUUGUGUACAAUUCCUAUAUCACAAAUAUUUAUUUAAAGUAGAUUAUUAGUAGUUUUUGCACACAGUCGGGAGUCUUAGUACUGAAACUCAUGCACCCUAUUGAGCACCACUGUUUGUUUUUUUUCCAGAACAGAGAAUUAUGUAAUAAAUACCAGAAAAUAUUGUAAAGAUGUAGGCUCUUCCACCAUAUACAUUUUAUUUAGAAAUUGCUACUGUAUGUGUUCAGGGAACCAGGUUUGACUCUGCUGCUGCUGUUGUCUCCUUCAUUCAGUCUACCUCUCAUAAUUUUAUUUUGUAGUUAAAUCAGAAUAUCUGCCUGCACUUAUAUGUUUUCUACAGCACCAGGACGCCAGCGUAUCAUGAUCUGACUUAAAUAUGAAUUGCAAACCAAAUAAAUUAAUUAAUCCUCA